CCCGAAUCGCUGCCCUCAUUUUCCUGCCCACUUCACCCUUAACAAACAUAAACCCCCCAAAAUGUCUACGCUACCUUCGUUUUGAUCUUCUUCCGCUAACCGCUCCUACGCGUUGAUUCCUACCUCCAACAGGGAGAUUCAUCUUCCUACCACACUCUUUUUGGGAUCGCGACGAUUGAAAGCAUACGGACAGAAACAAACACUCUUUUUGUGAAGUAGCAAGAAACAAGAAAAAAUUCUACCUAGCUACCUAGGUACCUUGUUGCUCUUACUACCUGUUAGCACCCAACAGCUACGAAGAGCAUACAUUUCCCGGCAAAACGCGCCCCCCCUGAUCCCCUUGAUUGUGCAACCAGUUCUUUCCUUGAACUCAUUUCACGAUGAAGGGACUCGCCCAUCUCACCCUCGCGGCCACGCUCAUCGCGGGAGUCGCUGAGGCUCAGCAUGCCAACCAUCACCGUCACCUGCACGCCAAGAGGGACGUCGCGAAGCGCUCCCCCGAGGUGGUCGUCAAGUACGAGCAGGGCCCGACCGAGACCACCUAUGUUAUAGAUGGCAAGACCAUCAGCGCCGAUGAGGCCAAGGCCGGUCUCGCUGAUGGCCGUUACCUUGUGGUCGGCGAGUCCGAGCCAGUCUUCUCGCCGCCGCCGCCCCCCGCGCCGAAGUCAACCACUCAAGCUGCCAUCUUCGUUGAGCAGAAGCCGACCUCCUCUUCAUCGUCCUCCGAGGCACCCAAGCCUACCUCGACCGCUCCUCCGAGCUCGAACACCUCCACUCCCACGGGCCUGGAUGCCCCCUUCCCCAACGGCACGAUCCCUUGUUCGUCGCUGCCUACUGAGUACGGCGCAAGGCCUCUUGACUGGCUUGGAAUCGGCGGCUGGGCCAGCAUCAUGCAGCCUGAUGAGAAGAAGUGGACCCCCGGCACCAUGAUCGCCACCCUUCACCAGACCGUUUCGGGAGGCUGCACACCGAACUGCUUUUGCUCGUAUGCAUGCCCCAACGGUUACCAGAAGACCCAGUGGCCAGAGACUUCGCAGGGUGCAACUGGACAGUCUAUUGGUGGUCUUUGGUGCAACGCCGAAGGCUUCCUUGAGCUCACCAGGCCCGAGGUCAAGACCUUGUGCACAGCGGGUGCCGGCGGCGUCUUCGUCCAGAACAACCUUCCCGGCACAGUCGCAGUCUGCCAAACAGACUACCCGGGCAACGAACAGAUGUCGAUUCCCCUCGAGACCUUGCCCGGCCAGAAGUACACGCUCACAAACCCCGACGCCAAGAAGUCGUACUUCUGGAAGGGCUCUCCCACCAGCGGCCAGUUCUACGUCAACCCCCUCAAUGUCCCGGUUGAGGACGCUUGUGUCUGGACCAGCCCCACGAACCCAGACUCCGCCGGCAACUGGGCCCCCGUUAACAUGGGAGUUGGCAAGGAUGUUCACGGCAUUACCUACCUUUCCAUCUUCCCCAACCUGCCUACUAGCCAUGCGCAACUCGAUUUCGAUAUCGAAAUCACUGGCGACAUUACUGCUCCUUGCGCCCUCAAGGGCGGCUCAUACACUGGCGGUGGCAACGGCUGCACUACCGCAAUCAGCAAGCCCGGUGGUCAGGCGACCAUUGUUUUCAGCAAGGGCAGCUGAAUGUUCAAUUGAGGUGUUUCUUUUGUCGUUGGAUUCGUAGGUGCUCCUUUAAAAGUCAAUGUAUCUUGGGUGGCAUCAUCUGCUUUGAUCGAUCUUUCGUUCUCGCAAAAGCGCGUAAAAUGACUGUGGUCUCGCAUUAAGCGCGCGGGCGGGGAGGCUUUAGCCUGUUAUUUAAUGUUUCAUUAUUAUUUACCUGAGCAUGUUCGAUACCUUGCAUUGGUGAUGUGAUUAGUUUUGGUCACUGGAGAGUUGCGGUGGGGUAGUGAUUUAGUCAAGACAGUCUCU